AUGAUAGUCGCAGGUACAAUUUCACGCGUACAGAGAAUGGUUGAUCGCGUUGUGAGUCCGGAGACGAGAUCGAGGUUCUAUGGGAAUGUUUCGGAGUUCUUUCAGGAUCAGCCGCUUAUUGCUACCUUCCUCCUCACCACCCUAACAAUUUCCCUCCCACCCCUCCUCCUCUUCACAACCUUCACCCUCUCCGUCCUCGCCUUCUCCUUCAUAUCCGCCAUCCUCUUCUCUCUCUUCUGGAUCGGAAUCGCUACUAUCCUUCUCAUCCCAACACUCUUCUUUACUUGUGGUUUGGGUAUUAUUAUAUGGGUAUGGGCUAUUAGCUCAUGGGUUGUUGCGAGAUGGCUAUAUGGAUUUGUGCCGGCGACCCAGGGGAAGGGAGAAUUUAAAUUUCAGGAUGGGAAGAAGGUGGUGGUGAAAAAGGAGGAGGGGGAAUUUCCGCAAGGAGGUGUUAGGAAUGGGGUUUGA